AACGUGCCAAACGCAUACUUAACGGGCCAGCCCCAGGGCUGGGCGCUGAGAAAACGGAGGUGACUUGUGUAGUCAUGGUUCCUUCCUGUCUGGAGAGGACAGUGGAGCGAGGAAGUCCCAACAUUAAGCACAUAUCCAUAGAUGUGAUAAUGGAUCAUCAUGUUUCCACCAUCAAACCUCGAAGAAUCCAGAACCAAAAUGUCAUUCACCGCCUGGAGCGCCGGCGGAUCAGUUCAGGCAAGGCGGGCACCCACUGGCAUCAGGUCCGGGUGUUCCACCAGAACAUUUUCCCCAACUUCACAGUUGUCAACGUGGAGAAGCCCCCCUGUUUCUUGCGUAAAUUCUCACCUGAUGGGCGCUACUUUAUUGCUUUCUCUUCAGACCAGACAUCUCUCGAAAUCUACGAGUACCAGGGCUGCCAAGCGGCCGAGGACCUUCUGCAGGGCUACGAGGGGGAGAUCCUGUCCAAUGGCAACGACCAGCGGUCAGUCAACAUCCGCGGCCGGCUCUUUGAACGGUUUUUUGUCCUGCUGCACAUCACCAACGUAGCAGCCAACGGCGAGCACCUGAACCGGGAGUGCAGCCUUUUCACGGACGACUGCCGGUGUGUGAUCGUGGGCUCGGCCGCCUACCUCCCGGACGAGCCCCACCCUCCUUUUUAUGAGGUGUAUCGGAACAGUGAAUCCGUGACCCCCAACCCACGGUCCCCUCUGGAGGACUAUUCCCUCCACAUCAUUGACUUGCACACUGGCCGCUUAUGUGAUACGCGUACCUUCAAGUGUGACAAAGUGGUCCUGUCGCACAACCAAGGCCUGUACUUGUACAAAAACAUCCUGGCCAUCUUGUCCGUGCAGCAGCAGACCAUCCAUGUCUUCCAGGUGACGCCUGAAGGUACUUUCAUCGACGUGAGGACCAUUGGCCGCUUCUGCUACGAGGAUGACCUGCUCACCGUGUCCGCUGUUUUCCCCGAGGUGCAGCGGGACAGCCAGACGGGCAUGGCCAAUCCUUUCCGGGACCCCUUCAUCAACUCCCUGAAACACAGGCUGCUCGUGUACCUGUGGCGCCGGGCAGAGCAAGACGGGAGCGCCAUGGCCAAGAGGCGCUUCUUCCAGUAUUUUGACCAACUGCGGCAGCUGCGCAUGUGGAAAAUGCAGCUUCUGGACGAAAACCACCUGUUUAUCAAGUACACUAGUGAGGAUGUAGUGACCUUGAGGGUCACAGAUCCGUCUCAGGCAUCUUUCUUUGUGGUGUACAAUAUGGUGACAACAGAGGUGAUCGCUGUGUUUGAGAACACGUCAGAUGAGCUUUUGGAGCUCUUUGAGAACUUCUGUGAUCUUUUCCGCAAUGCCACCCUGCACAGCGAAGUCCAGUUUCCCUGCUCAGCUUCCAGCAACAAUUUUGCAAGGCAGAUCCAACGCCGGUUUAAAGACACGAUUGUAAAUGCCAAGUAUGGAGGGCACACGGAGGCCGUACGCCGGCUGCUGGGCCAGCUCCCCAUCAGCGCCCAGUCCUACAGCGGCAGCCCCUACCUUGAUCUGUCUCUCUUCAGCUACGAUGACAAGUGGGUGUCAGUCAUGGAGCGGCCCAAGACUUGUGGAGAUCACCCUAUCAGGUUCUAUGCCCGCGACUCUGGUCUGCUCAAGUUUGAGAUCCAGGCCGGCCUCCUGGGCCGGCCCGUCAGCCACACAGUGCGGCGUCUCGUUGCCUUUACCUUUCAUCCGUUUGAGCCCUUUGCUAUUUCUGUGCAGAGGACUAACGCUGAGUAUGUUGUCAACUUCCACAUGCGACACUGCUGCACGUAGGCGCCUCGCCAAAGCCAGGUUUCCUGGGCUUCCAGGACUUUUCCCUUCUCAUCUCAUGGACUGUAAAGCAAAAGCUCCUGACCACCAGCCUUGUUGAUUCCAGACGGGUGUACCUCAGGUGGGGAGAGCUGGACCGAGGAGUGAGGGUGGCCCAGCCUAGUGACAUUUUGUUACCGUCUACAAGAAAACUACUGAUUGAUUUAAAGUCCUCUUGCCUUUUCCCAGUGGUCAUGCCCAGCAUUAAUGAAGUCCAUUUUAUAUUUGUUUUAUUUUGCAUUUUAUCACUAUGAAGAUGAGAACAUUACACCUUCCCCCACUUCAUGUCACUUCUUUGGCAUUACGGUAUGCAGCCUGAAGCAGGUAAAGCUUGUUUACUCAUGAGAACGGUGUAUGUCCUUUCUACUUAGCCAACAAGCAGGGCUGCCUUUAUAAGAAAACAAAAUAAAGCCUUGGUAUUUUCUUACUUAAA